GGCCAGUUCCAAUAUUAAGGGAGUGGUAGAGUGUGCUCUGUGUCUCUAGCUGCCCAAAGUGGUGAAAACUCCUUUUGUUCAGAGCAACGCGGUUGUUGCUGGGAAGCCAUGGGGCUGCUGACUGGGGAUGCACUGUUCUCUGUGGCCAUGGCCGUGGCCAUCUUCCUGCUCCUGGUGGACCUGAUGCACAGACGCCAACGUUGGACUGCUCGCUACCCACCAGGCCCUGUUUCAGUGCCUGGACUUGGUAACCUACUGCAGGUGGACUUCGAGAACAUGACAUACUCCUGCUACAAGCUGCGACAUCAGUUUGGGGACGUAUUCAGCCUGCAGUUUGUCUGGACUCCAGUCGUUGUGGUCAAUGGGCUGUUGGCUGUGCGGGAGGCUCUGGUGCACCACAGCGAGGACACCUCAGAUCGGCCCACACUGCCCACCAAUGCACUACUGGGCUUUGGACCAAAAGCCCAAGGGGUUAUUGGAGCCUACUAUGGACCUGCCUGGCGUGAGCAGCGACGCUUCUCUGUGUCUAGCCUGCGCAAUUUCGGCCUGGGGAAGAAGUCCCUGGAGCAGUGGGUGACCGAGGAGGCCGCCUGCCUGUGUGCUGCUUUCACCAACCAUUCUGGACAGCCCUUUUGCCCCAAAGCCCUGCUGAACAAAGCAGUGUGCAAUGUGAUCUCCUCCCUCAUCUAUGCACGCCGCUUCGACUAUGAUGACCCGAUGGUCCUCAGGCUCUUAGAGUUCCUGGAAGAGAGCUUGAGGGAGAGCAUCAGCUUGAAGAUUCAGGUAUUGAACUCGAUACCACAGCUCCUGCACAUCCCAUGGGUGGCUGCCAAAGUCCUGUCUGCACAGAGGUCCUUCAUUGCCUUGAAUGACAAGCUUUUGGCUGAGCACAACACAGGCUGGGCCCCAGACCAGCCUCCCCGAGAUCUGACUGAUGCUUUCCUGACAGAGAUGCAUAAGGCCCAGGGGAACUCAGAGAGCAGCUUCAAUGAUGAGAACCUUCGUCUACUCGUAUCUGACUUAUUUGGUGCAGGAAUGGUGACCACAUCAGUCACAUUGUCCUGGGCUCUACUCCUCAUGAUCCUACACCCGGAUGUGCAGCGCCAUGUCCAAGAGGAGAUCGAUGAAGUGAUAGGACAGGGGCGGCGCCCAGAGAUGGCAGACCAGGCCCACAUGCCCCUCACCAACGCUGUGAUUCAUGAGGUGCAGCGCUUUGCAGACAUCGUCCCAAUGGGUGUUCCCCACAUGACAUCUCGUGACACUGAGGUGCAGGGCUUCCUCAUUCCCAAGGGGACGAUGCUUUUCACCAAUCUGUCAUCUGUGCUGAAGGAUGAGACUGUCUGGGAGAAGCCCCUGCAUUUCCACCCUGGACAUUUUCUGGAUGCUGAGGGCCGCUUUGUGAAACGUGAGGCCUUCAUGCCAUUCUCCGCAGGCCCCCGCAUAUGCCUUGGGGAGCCCCUGGCCCGCAUGGAGCUCUUCCUGUUCUUCACCUCCCUGCUGCAGCGCUUCAGCUUCUCGGUGCCUGAAGGGCAGCCCCGGCCCAGUGACCGUGGUGUACCUGCCUUCGUAGUGCCUCCAUCCCCCUAUCAGCUCUGUGCUGUGCUCCGCUAGAGGAUGCGCCGUGCCCCACUGUACCCUAGAUAAGUUACUUAAGUUACAAUAAACCCAUCUGUGACUUGCCUGGUA